GAACCACUCAUGGCCGAGCGUGCAUUUGGAAGACUGGUGAAGGGAUUUUGUUCAUCCGUGGUUUCCACCGUUCCUAAGCAACCGUUUCAAGGGGCAACUGUAAACAGAAACGUUCCAGCAGCCAAUACGUUACGAACGUGAGGAUAGGCACCCUUUUAUUUUAUUUUUAGUAAAAUACGAAAUAUGACAACUAUAUAUCCACCAGAGAGCAUUUAUAACCUCAUCCCUCGGGAAGAAGUUCGAUUUGAAACACCACCGAGAUAUACGUCAAAGUUUAGGGACCAAGUUAAGCAGGAAAAACAAAGUGGCAAGGCUGCACACAGGACCAUGGGCCCAACAAAGGUGGAGACACCCUCACCAGAGAAGUUUCUACGCAAACAUUCCAAAGAACCAAGACUCCCUGAAAAAAAGCAGUUCGUGUAUAUGGAUGGCGAUAAACUAAGAAAGCCACCAAUACCCGCUAGAACUGAAAUUCCAAAGAUGGGAGUUCAUUCAGCAAAGGACUUUAUAAGGGACAAUACCAUCAAAAACCUCCUUUCUGCACCAAGGCAACCACAGCCUAUCUAUGCUGACACAAAACAUGGAGAUAAGCAGCCUUUGGAGUGUUCUGGUCUUGUCCCAAAAUAUUUAAAGAAAAAGGACUACGGGCAGAUUCCUGAGUAUCUGCUGCAGCGCAAAGUGGAGGAGGGAAGAGCCCAGGAGGAGUAUGACGAGUACGUCAAGGAGCGGGUCAGACAGGGAGCCAUGAAGCAGCUCUCUGACGAGGAACGUCUGUCCACCCUUCAGGGACUCAAGAAGAACUGGGAGGAGUUGCACCACCAGUAUCAGGCUCUAUCUAUCGUCACGGAUACAGGCCCCAAGAAAUACAUAAAAGAGAAGCUGGAGAUGCAGAUGAAGCAGCUGGAGAAAGACAUAGACCUCAUUGAGAGACACAAAACCAUCUACAUCGCAAACAACUGAGACACCAAAUGAUUAUUGAACAGCUGAUCUUCAGCUACAUGCAUCAUACAACAUGCAUCCUUCCUCUGAAUUGUCUUGGGCUUUGCAGUCACUCCUCUGAUUUUACGCAGUUUGGGGAAUAAAAAUAAAAAAGUAAAUAUAUAUCAAGGAGUCUUGUUUAAUGUCAACAGUUUUCAUUGUAACUCACUACUGAGACUCUCUUUGUCAAUUAUGGUGCAUUUUCACAAUGUUUAUUUUAAAGGGAUUUAACUAUUCAGUGAU